GACGCAAACCACACUGAAUGCUUACCACACCUUGCGCAGCCACCGAAGAGAUGGUGUCUCGCAGGUAUAGGCGAUUGGCAGUGGCCUCGUUCGCCGCCUCCCUGGCGGCGUCCAGCAACAGAUGUUACUGCUGCGAUGCCUUCCUCUCCGCGCCGCGGUCCUCCUCAGCAAGCGCAGCACCUGGUAGACCGGCAUCAUCGGGAACACAGCAGCGCCGAGGCCUACCACUUCCACCAGCGCGCUGCCCCUCUGCAGCCGCCCCGACGGUCGCGACGAUGAGCUCAGAGGACGAUGAAAACAGCAGCGGUGAUAGCAGCAGCUUGGAUGUGGAGAACGUCGUGAUCAUCGGGAGUGGUCCCGCUGGGUACACCGCUAGUAUAUAUGCCGGCCGCGCUAACCUCAAGCCCCUCUGCUUCGAGGGACUGAACGUCGGCCCACCGGGGGGACAGCUGAUGACGACAACGGAAGUCGACAACUUUCCGGGUUUCCCCGCAGGCGUUACCGGUCCGGACCUGAUGAACGGCAUGCGGGACCAGGCUUCAAGGUGGGGGGCGGUGUUUAAGACGGAGGACGUGGAGGAGGUUGAUUUUUCCAGCAGGCCGUUCGUUGUGCGCUCCACUUCGAGAACGGUUAAGGCGCAGACGGUCAUCAUCGCUACAGGGGCAACCGCAAAACGGCUUCGGCUGCCUUCGGAGGAUGACUUCUGGAGUAGGGGCAUCUCCGCCUGUGCCAUCUGCGACGGGGCGGCGCCUAUCUUUGCCGACGUGCCGCUGGGGGUGGUCGGGGGCGGGGACUCCGCGGUGGAGGAGGCCGUGUACUUGACCAAGUACUCGCCGAAGGUGCAUUUGUUUGUCAGGAAGACGACGCUGGCGGCGUCGAGGGCCAUGGUCGAUCGCCUGGCGGAGGAGACCUCGGUGGAAGUGCACCUGGGCACGAUCGUGGAGGACGUGCUAGGAGAAACCGAGGAAACCAGCCCCGACGGAGGAUCGCCUCUGACUGGCGUGCGGGUGCGUAAAACCUCCUCCGAUGAGAGCACGGAAGUGCCGCUUCGGGGCCUGUUCUACGCAAUCGGACACCGCCCAAAUACGGAGCUUUUGGGGGGCCAAAUAGAGUUGGACGAGCAGGGGUACAUAAAGGUGAAGGCGGGGACGCCGGAGACGAACGUGGAAGGCGUGUUUGCGGCGGGGGACGUGCAGGACAGAGAGUGGCGACAGGCGAUCACGGCGGCGGGGAGCGGGUGCACGGCUGCCCUGGCGGCGGAGAGGUACCUGGCAACGAAGGGGGUCUUGAGAGAGGUGCACCAGGAGAGGCAGAAGAGCCGCCCUAAGCCCGUCAAGGAGCCCGAGGAGAAGCCGGUCGUGGAGAACUUGAAGACGUUCGAGAUCGAAGAGACCAGGCAUCGCGGGGCGUACGCGUACCAACGAUUAUACUUCGAGAGCGACCGACCUCUCCUGGUCAAGUACAUCAGCCCGACCUGCGGGCCGUGUAAGGCGUUGGGACGGCUGCUGGAGAGAGUAGUGGACGAGAUGGCCGACGACAUCCACUUUGUCGAGGUGGACAUCACCGAGUCUCCGGACAUCGCGCAGAAUGCCGGCAUCACCGGAACUCCUACCGUGCAGAUUUUCCGCGACAAGACGAUGCUUGACACCCUGAAGGGAGUCAAGCCUAGGAACGUGUACAGGUCGCGCUUGAAGGCGGCGAUGCAAGAGCAGGAGGCCUAAAGAAAGCCCCAACAAGUGUCUACAGCACUGCAGUCAAUACGUAUUAUUGCCAACAACACGACAGCGAUGGCAACGAGGGCUUCUUGAUAGAUUUCUCAGAAACGACAGGUCUGGGAAGGGUGGUGGGCUGGAGGUAGAGGUUGGGUUUGGUCGCCCGCACCUACGGUAUUGUUAGCUUAUGGCUGGUGUGGUUACAGCAUUUAUUGUAGAUGUUUCGGCGCCGAAGGAAGUGGAAGGUUUUCCCCCCAUCUCUUGCACUGCUGUGCGGAGCACAGACUUGUGAACAAUUGUAUAGAUGUACCUCAACAAGGUCGCUCACGGCUAAGGUUGGAGAUUGGGUUUGGUCACAAACACCCUUGUUUAUUCUUACCUGGUACAUCGUUGUAUGGUUUACAGCUGUAUGUGGUUGUGAUGUUUCUGCGUGGGUC